AUGACGGCUAGUUUUUCAAAUAAGCUUAGGUUCCGUGAAUCGCCAGCAUUUUUGUGCAUUCAGGGCAUUGGUUCGUCGAGUAUAGCGUCAACAAGAUCCGUCAGUGUAGCAGUUGCUGCACGGUCUAGUGAGAUUUCGUCGUAUGCCGAGGAGAUGUGUUUCCAUGUUUUGCCGAAGCUAACAUUGGCGUUACCGACAGCAAGCUUCAAUCCAUCGCAGUUGUGUCUACCAGAAGCAGCAGCUCUUGCCGAUCCCUGGUUUUAUGAAUCCGGUCCGAUUGACAUGAUUAUCGGGGCGGAGUAUUACGUCGACCUGUUUGAAGAGGGUAGAUACAAGGCAACUGAAGACGGGCCUACUCUGCAGAAAACUGUUUUUGGCUGGAUAGUAUCCGGUCGCGUUCCUAGUUCAUCAUCUAGUGGUGCAAUUUCGACGACCAACGUUUGUUCAACAGCCGAGAUUCAAGAUCAAUUAGCCAAGUUUUGGGAGUUAGAAACUUGUCGAACAACCAGCACGAAUUCCACGGAAGAGUCGGCGUGCGAGAAAAUCUUCAGCGAGACUACAUUCAGAGAUGAGACGGGAAGAUUCGUAGUCACACUUCCAAAAAGGCAAUCGAUCAUCAAGCAGCUCGGUGAUUCUAAAGGUACAGCUGUUAAGCGGUUUAUGAGUUUAGAGCGACGUCUGGCAGCGAACCCGGAGUUGAAAGCGCAGUACAGUGAAUUUAUACACGAGUAUCAAGCUCUUGGUCAUAUGAGCGAAGUCGUCGAAGAUACUUCAGACACCGUUUACCACCUGCCACAUCACGCUGUUUUGAAACCUGACAGCACGACUACGAAGCUGCGCGUAGUGUUUGACGCUUCAUGUCGAACUAGCUCAGGGUACUCUCUGAACGAUGCUCUAAUGGUCGGUCCUGUCGUACAAGACGAUUUGUUGGAUGUUAUACUCAGAUUCCGUCUACAUCGUUACGCACUAGUCGCGGACAUCGCAAAAAUGUACCGCAUGGUGCAAGUUCAGCCUGCCGAUCAGCCUCUGCAAAGGAUUCUAUGGCGAGAUUCAUCAGCAGAACCCAUCAAAAUCUUCCAAUUGACUACGAUCACGUAUGGCACGGCUUCCGCGCCGUAUUUGGCGACAAAAUGUUUGCAGACAUUAGCAGAAGAUGGUCAACAGACACACCCUAUUGCUGCGAAGGUGGUCCGGCAGGAUUUUUAUGUAGACGAUAUGUUGUCCGGAGUGGACGAACCUGAGGAAGGUAGAAUGUUUGUCAACGAGAUGAUCAGCCUAAUGGAAUCAGCGGGAUUCUCGUUACGAAAGUGGAACUCCAACUGCAGGGAGAUUCUGUUAGAGGUACCAGAACAUCUGAGAGAUGAUCGCACUAUUCUCCAGCUUGAUUCCCCAACAUCCACCGUUAAAACGCUAGGUUUACUGUGGGAACCCAGUACAGAUCGAUUCCAAUUCAGCACCCCGCAGUGGAACUCAUCGGCGGUCAUCACCAAACGCACCGUUCUUUCGGAUGUCUCUCGACUUUUCGAUCCACUCGGACUGGUAGGGCCCGUUAUCAUACAGGCCAAGAUGUUCAUUCAAGAAUUGUGGAAACUUGACUGUGGUUGGGAUGAACCACUUUCCGAAGGCAUGCAGGAUCGCUGGCAUGAAUAUCAUCGAAACCUGACUGGCCUUGAGGGAUUGUCUGUACCUCGCUGGGUUGAAAUCAGAUCCGAUACCAUAAACAUACAGCUCCAUGGGUUCUGUGAUGCCUCUGAGAAGGCAUAUGGGGCCUGCGUCUACUUGAGAAGUAUCUCCAAUAGCGGGUCAGUUGCUGUACACCUACUGGCAUCGAAGUCCCGUGUCGCCCCUCUUGAGAACCUGAAAAGGAAGAAGCAACGCCAAACGAUUCCGCGCUUGGAGCUUUCUUCAGCUUUACUCCUUUCCCACCUCUACGAAAGAGUGGUCAGUAGCACACACAUCACAGCCCCAGCUUUCUUUUGGACAGAUUCGAUGAUUGUUAAGUGCUGGUUAGCAUCAUCACCGUCGCGAUGGAAAGAAUUCGUUGCGAACCGAGUUUCAGAAAUCCAGCAUAUAACGAAAGGCAGCAUCUGGAAUCACGUAUCAGGAGUUGAAAACCCAGCCGAUAUAGUUUCUAGAGGCAUGACACCUGCGCAGCUGCAGUACCAAUCGCUAUGGUUUGGUGGACCUCACUGGCUGCUUCCGGAGCAAGAUAACUGGCCGGGAACACUGCAAGCUUGCGAAGACAGCAUUGACAGAUCAGUACUAGAGGAAAAAGGAGCCGUUGUCGCAGUUCUGAAAUCCGUUUCUCCCAGUGAGCUGUUUAACCUGCGAUCAACUUACACUGGAUUGGUGCGACUCACAGCAUACAUUUGUCGGUUCCGUUUCAACGCUCAAGCUGUGCAAAUCGGAAUCGCCGAAACCUUGGAAGUUUAA